AUGCAGGCAAUGUCGAAGCGCCAGGCUGUCGAGGCCGGAAGUGCUCUGGCAGUCGCUGAGGCGGCGUGCCAGCAGCUGGCGGCUGAGACGAACGGCAUGCCGGCUGAGACCCAGCGCUCAACCGACUCGACCGCUGCUGUGGGGAUCCAGCGAAUGCAGCAGCUGGAGACUGCGCUGCGGGACGCCGAGGCCAGGGCCGCCGCAGCGGAGAAGGCCGGCCAGGAGGCUGCGGAGGCGGCGCAGCAGCAGGCGCAGCUGCUGGGGGCGCGGCUGGCGGAGGCCAAUGGGCAGAAGGCCGACCUGCUGAAGGCUAAGGAGGAGCUGGAGGAGAAGGUGCGUGGCGGGGGUGAUGUCUGA